AUGGAUACGCCAAAGAAACCGAAGGUGGUUGAUACUUCUACCACCGUCACAACGCCACGCUCGGUCAUUACAACCACUACCUCGUCAUCCAGCAGCAGCAGCGCCACCACCAUCACCACCGGCAGCCCGAUCGCAUCCGACGGCGGCAACAUCGAGGAAGCGGCAACAUUUGCUGAGAAGGAACAGCUGACCGACUCCCAGCGCAACAUUCACCGAUUUUGGCAUAACGUGCUGCGGGAGGUACAAUCAAUCGAUACCGUUGAGCCCGGCAAUCAACUGUUGCCGUUGGCGCGCAUCAAGAAAAUCAUGAAACUGGACGAGGACGUGCGGAUGAUCUCGUCCGAUGCGCCGCUCCUGUUUGCGAAAGCGAUCGAAAUCUUUAUCCGGCAGAUCACGUUGCGGGCGUGGGUGCAAACCGAGCAGAACAAGCGGCGCACGUUACAGCGGAGCGAUAUCGCGAUGGCCAUUACCAAGUACGAUCAGUUCGAUUUUCUUAUCGACAUUGUACCGCGGGAAGAGACGAAGGUGUACAAGAAGGAGUACGACACGAAAUGGUCGGAUGGUGGUGGUGAGGGUGGUACACCGACCACAGCCGCUCCCACCACCGACAACGGUGCUGGUAACAGCAGUAGCACGAACGGUUCCGAAGACAUGCAUUACUUCUUUCAGCUGGCGCAGCAACAUCAGAAGAUAACGGCCAAGGGUAGUGCCGGAGCUUUAACGAACGGUGCUGGUACAGUGUUUGACCUAGCGACGGUUAUCGGUGCGCCUGGCAGUCAUCGGCAGCUAGUGCAAACGACGGCAGCCACUGUACCGUCAGCCACCACCACACAACAGACGAAGAAUGUGACCUCGGGCGGGGAAACGCAAGCUGCUUCCGGUAGUGGCAGUGGAAGUACAUCCGGACCGACGCUUAGCAGGCAGCAGCAGCAGCAGCAGCAACAGCAACAAAAUCUAGCCACGCCGACCACGGUACAAACUGCAACUGGCCAGAGUAUAAUCCUCGCGAAUGGUGGUACCGGUGCUACGGCUAGCGGUGUAGCAAAUGGAAGUACAACCACAGCGAAUCAGGUCGUAUCUACUAACCAAUCACUUCAACUACUGCAACAGGUAAUGACACCGACCGGUGAAAUAACGCAGAUACCGUUGAAUUUUAUACGUACGGCUGGAACCGGUGGUGGUGCAACGAACGCUGGGCAACCUAUCUUCAUACAGACGGCUCCCAUGCAGACCGGUCCCACGAUAAUACACACGGGACCGACCGGGGUCUUGCUGAGUGCAAAUCAGCUUCAGCAGUUGCAACAGCAGCAGCAGCAGCAGCAGCAGCAGCAGCAACAACAGCAGCAACAACAGCAGCAACAACAACAGCAACCGUCGAAACAGCAAUCGUCCCAGCAACAGCCGCAACAAAAUCAACAUCAUCCACCACCAACACAAAGCCAACAUCAAUCGCAACUACAAAACAACCAUCCACAACACCAAAGGGAUUAA